AUGCACGGACGCCGCCUCGCCUACCUCGUCGCUACCAUCGUUGCUUCGGCCUUGGGCCAUGACGCGUGCGGCGAGAUGCCCACGACGAACCCGCCGCCCGUCGGUCCUCCGUGUUUGUUUGCCAAGAACGCAGUGGUGACGCUCAAGGCGGACAACGAUGACGCCUUGUCCGCCUGCAGUAACUGCGUCAAGGACUCCAAGGACUUUAGCGUAUUCCUGACCAGUGUGAAGAGUAACACGUGGACCAUCCAGCAGCUUGACGGAAACAAUCUCAUCUCGCUCCACGCCAACGGCUUCAACGGGAUCGACAACAACGUGCUGGCGCCGAGCAUGAACCGUGCGCCCGGUGUCGUCGAGCCCGACCAGGUCAUGCUUCCCUUCACCGUGGAAGGCGCGUCGAGCGCGCAUCAAUGGACGUGCACACAAGUCAGCUACAACCAGAUUAUGCUCCGCAACGUCGCGAACGGCAAGUACCUCGCGCGCUGCGACGGCUGCGACAGCGACCAGAUUCCGCCGGCCGAUCUCUUCCAACCAGUCUUUACGCUCGCAAGUCCGCACGGCAACCACACCACCGCUCCAAUGGUGUGGACGUACACGCUUGUAUAA